AACCGAGCCGACGAGCGCCCCCUCCAGAUGUAAGUGGCAUGUAUUUAUUGAACAGCCUCGGUCGCUGCUUUGCUUUCAGAAAUGUAUAGUGCUGUGGGCUGGACGGACUGUGAUCUCAAGAACGACUGACAUUGUACAGGACCGAAACUACGAUGGCAUCUGGAAGGAUUCGUUCCACACGUCGCCUGCGUUCCUGGAUAGUGGAUCAGGUGAACAGUGGGAAGUAUAAUGGCCUAGUGUGGGACAACCAUGAGAAAACCAUGUUUCGUAUCCCAUGGAAACAUGCAGGAAAACAAGAUUUCCGAACUGACGAAGAUGCAGCUAUUUUCAAGGCUUGGGCGGAGUUUAAAGGGAAGCUUUCGGAGAAUGGAAAUUCAGACCCUGCAUCCUGGAAAACUCGACUUCGCUGUGCCCUCAACAAAAGUCCAGAGUUUAGUGAGGUCACUGAAAGGUCACAGCUGGACAUCUCAGAACCCUACAAGGUGUACCGCCUCGUACCACUAGAAGAACAAGGAGUGUUGAAAGUAAAAAAAGAGAAUGGACAGAAGCCAGUGAGGAACAGCAGAAGGAGACACAGUAAAUCCGAGGAAGAUGAGCUGCAGAUUGCAUGCAAAAAGAUCAAAGAGGAGGUUUUUGUGCCCCAGCCCAUCAACAUGAGUGCACAGGAAAUCAUCCCACACACAGGAAGAGAGAUCACACUCCAUGCAGAGGUGGAGACAAACCCCUUAAAGACUGACACAAACACUGAAGAUAUCCAGGUAAACUUCACCAUUGAAGCUGUAGAGAAGAGAGUGCUGCACUCUUUCCACAUUACCGUUCUCUACAUUGGUCAGGAGGUUCUGCGGCGAAAAGUAAUGGGUAAUGAUGUUCGGAUCGCUUACCUGCCUCCCACACCUGUUCUUCCAUCUCCACUGUCUCUUAACGGCACUGGCUUCCAUCGAAUCCCUCUCCCAGACCCCCCAUCAGACAUGAGCUCUGACCCCAGCCUCGCCCCACGUUUGACCGCUCUUAACAAAUUGCUACCCUUCAUGGAGAGUGGAGUAGUCCUGACCUUGACAGGAGGAGCCAUCUAUGCCAAGCGCUUCUGUCAGGGACGGGUGUACUGGAGAGGACCACAUAACACCACCACAGGACCCUGUAAAAUGGAGAGAGCAGGCAAGCCCACCCAGCUGUUCAACAAGGAUAUAUUCAAACAGGAGCUGGAUUCUUUCCGCAGUGGAGGAAAACAACCUCAAAGUGAGAUCACGCUGUGUUUUGGAGAAGAGCUGCAUGAUGGAGAUAACAUUGAUGAUAAACACAUCAUCAUUAAGAUCUCUAUCCCCUGGGUUGAGUCACAGAUAGAAGAGGUCAAGACCCUCAGAGAAUCUAUUGCAAUUUUCAAAAGUUUUGCCAGCCAGUCUCCUACAGAGGAAGUGACGCGGAAGUAUUGAAGUAGUAACAAACCUCUAAGAUAACACUUUCUGCAUUCUUGACAUUAAGGAUCAAAAUGAAGAUGAACAACUAUAUAUAUGGCAUGACUUGAGACAACUUGUAUAAACACUUUCCUGUAGGUAACUUGUGGAAAUAAACACUGUAAUUAUUAGUUGCUUCAAAUACAUAAAAUAUAUAGCCAUAUAGUAGUUAAAUCCACAUAUUUAUAAAGUAAUAUAAAACAUGUAUUUUCUCAAUAUAGAAUUGUAUGUUACACUGCAAAAUGUAAGAACAAAAUAUUUUGUGUCAUUUGUACCACUAUGCAUAUCCCACACUCUUAAAAAUAAAGUUGCUUCACGAUGCCAUAGAAGAA